AUGCCGAGUUUGAUUAAAACUAAAAAGCAAGUAGUGACCAGAUUUAAUGUUGCAAGAAUUUGGGGGCAAGAUGGUGCAGCGGGUGGGCUCUUGUUAAUAUGGGAUGAAUUAGUGUUUAAAAUGAAUAAUUGUCACAAGGGGGAGAGAUGGUUGUGUGUUGAAGGGGUCCUGGUAAAGAGUAAUUUUAAUUGUGCUAUUUUCUUGAUCUAUGGUGCACAUAAUAGGAAUGCAAAGAUUCAGGUGUGGGAGGAGUUGAGUUACAUGGCUGGGUUAUGUCAGGUUUCUAGCUGCUACAUGGGAGACUUUAAUGAAAUAGUGCAUGUGGACGAAAGGCAAGGUACUGAUGUUCUACCGAGGUCGGCGGAAGAAUUCAAGAGUUGGAUACAAGAUAUGCAUCUAGUGGACCUACCGCUCAUAGAUCGCAAAUUCACAUGGUUUCGGGAACGUUCUUGCAGUCGUAUAGAUAGAGGUCUGGUUAGUGUGGAGUGGUUAGAAGAGUUUCCUGAGACUCGGAUACGCGGUGGACCAAGGGGUUUGUCAGAUCACUGUCCAGUAAUUUUAGAGUACAUGAAGCAGAGGGGAGGUCCAAAGCCGUUCCGAAGUCUAGAUUCCUGGUUUACACAUGGAGGAUUUCUUAGCAUGGUGAAGGAGGAGUGA